GACAAAACUCAUUAGAAAAAUAUUUAGCCAUUUUAUUUUACGAAAUUGAUUUUUGGUGUUUAAAAAACAAUUUUGAAAACCAUUGCGAAUCAUUUUUGAUAUUUGAUUUACCAGAUCGAAAUCAUGUCUUCGAAACAAUUAACCGUUUUAUUUGUUACAUUAGAUGGUUAUGGUCAUUUGAAUUCUUGUAUUGGUGUUGCUGAAAAAUUAGUGGAACGCGGUCAUCGUGUUAUUUUUGCUAUGGAAAGAGCAUGGGCUGGUAAAGCUAAACGUUAUGCUGGUAUUGAAGAAAUAAUUUUUGUUGAUCCAAAUCGUGAUCCAACACUUGGUGCUAAUGAACAUUGGAUUAAAUUUAUGGAUGAUAUGAAAUCAACAUUCGGUUUAUCACCAAUGGAAGCAGUUAAAAAAAUGGAUCCAAAAUUGCAACAACUUUUCAUUGAUACAAUGUUGAAUGUUGAUGAUGAAAUUAAAAAAGUAUUGGAUCAAGCCAAGCCAGAUGUUAUUGUAGUUGAUAGUUAUACAACUAUACCGGCUGUUUAUAAAUCCGGUAUUCCAUGGGUAUGGUUGACAAGUGCUCAUCCAUUAUCAUGUCUUCCAAGCGAUGAUUUACCACCAAAUGGAACAGAUUUUCCAACCAAUGGUGAUCGUAAACAAUGGGAAGAAUAUAUGGAAGUAUUUUUAGAAAAAAUAAUGGAUCUUGUGACUCAUUUUAAUAAACGAAUGACCGAAGAAUUUGGCUUGGAACCAUCAAUGCAUGGUAUUCAUCAUGAAUCACCAUAUCUAAAUAUCUAUGCAUAUCCAAAAGAAAUGGAUUAUCUUGAUAUUCGACCAUUACCCCAGAAAUGGCAAAGUUUUGAUCAUUUUAUUCGUUUUACCGAAAAAGAUGAAUCAUUUAAAAUACCGCAAGAAUUUCUUCAAAAACCAUUAGGCAAAUUGAUUUAUGUUUCAAUGGGAUCGAUGGGCUGUGCAGAUGUUAAACUAAUGAAUCGUUUGAUAACAAUUUUGGCCAAAUCACCGAAUCGUUUUAUUUUUUCAUUGGGUCCACGUAAAGAUCAACUUAUGGCAUUACCGGAAAAUAUUUGGGGUGAAAGUUUUGUACCACAAACGCAAAUAUUACCCAAGGUAGAUUUAGUUAUUACACAUGGUGGUAAUAAUACUGUUUUAGAAUCAUUAUAUUUUGGUAAACCAAUGAUUGUUUCACCAUUGUUUGGUGAUCAAUAUAAUAAUUCACAACGUGUUACUGAAAUGGGUUAUGGCGCCAAAAUCAAUGCAUACAAAUGUCAACCAAAACAAUUACAUUCAUUAAUCGAACAAUUAUUGAAUGAUAAUCAAAUGAAAGAACGUUUAGCUAAAAUUUCUAAACGAAUGCAAUUAUCGAAUAGUACGGAAAUGGUUGCCAUUACAAUCGAACAAUUGCAUUACCAAAAACAAAACUAAAA